UUUUUAGAUGGAUGGGCUAACUGUGGAGACAGAAGCUCUAAUGGGAUCAGCAGCCGGAUCCGGGAUGUGGGAGUUGUUGAAGCGGCUCUGAUUUACAGUCGAAGAUGAUCACUAUGGGGAAUGGAGAAACACGGGUUCCACCUCUGGAGUGGAAAUUCUCUCAGGUUUUUGGAGAACGAGCGGCUGGCGAGGAAGUUCAGGAAGCUGACAUUAUCUCUGCCAUUGAAUUUGAUAAAACUGGUGAGCAUCUUGCUACUGGUGACCGUGGAGGAAGGGUCGUCCUAUUUGAAAGGAUAGAUGGAAAAGGCUGCACUUUGCGGAAGGAUCAGGAGAAAAUGGAUUAUCCUGCUGCUAGGCAUCCUGAAUUUCGAUACAAGACAGAAUUCCAAAGUCAUGAACCUGAGUUUGACUACCUAAAGAGCUUGGAAAUAGAAGAAAAAAUUAAUAAAGUGCGGUGGUGUCAGACUGCCAAUGGUGCACUUUUCCUUCUUUCAGCCAAUGAUAAAACCGUGAAGUAUUGGAAGGUUCAGGAGAAGAAAAUAAAGAAGAUAUGUGACAUGAAUUUAGAUUCUUCAGCAUCAGCAAGAAAUGGAGAACUUUCUGGUCCAACUGGAGCAGCAACUGACUUUGUAUUUCCCUCUGGAGGGUUCCCGUCUCUUCAUCUACCAGUGGUAAUUGUUGGCCGUGAGACAAACCUUGUUCCCAGAUGUCGAAGAAUAUAUGCUCAUGCACAUGACUACCACAUUAAUUCCAUUUCAAACAACAGUGAUGGCGAGACAUUUAUAUCAGCGGAUGAUUUGCGAAUAAAUUUGUGGAACCUGGAUAUAAGUAACCAAAGUUUCAAUAUUGUUGAUGUGAAGCCUGUGAACAUGGAGGAUCUCACUGAGGUUAUAACAUCUGCAGAGUUCCAUCCUACUCAAUGCAACACAUUAGCAUACAGCAGUUCAAAGGGCACAAUACGCCUUAUUGACAUGCGACAGUCUGCUUUAUGUGACACACAUGCCAAACUAUUUGUGGAGCAUGAGACAGCUAGUUCACGGUCAUUUUUCACAGAGAUAAUUGCCUCGAUAUCAGAUAUUAAAUUUGGAAAGGACGGAAGACACAUAUUGAGUCGUGAUUACAUGACGCUGAAGCUAUGGGAUUUAAACAUGGAAUCUGGCCCUGUUGCAACCUUCCAGGUCCAUGACCAUCUUAGACCCAAGUUAUGUGACCUAUACGAUAGUGAUUCCAUCUUUGAUAAAUUUGAGUGCUGUUUAAGUGGAGACGGUCUCCAUGUUGCCACUGGUUCUUAUAGCAACCAUUUUCGUGUCUUUGGCUGUAAUUCUGGCAGUAAUGAGGCAACAACACUGGAAGCCAGCAAAAAUCCUAUGAGACAUCAGACUCAAACAUCUUCGAGGCCCAUAAGAUCACUCACCAGUCUAGGACGCUCUCGUAGACGAGGAGCUGAGAAUCUGAAUGUAGAUGCAAAUGGAGUAGCAUAUGACUUUUCAACCAAGUUGCUCCACCUAGCAUGGCAUCCAACCUCCAAUACUCUUGCCUGUGCGGCUGCAAAUAGCCUAUACAUUUACUAUGCAGAGGAUGCUCCCAAAAACGAUGCUGCUCCUAAUCAGCCAUGAAAAGUUGUGUUUGUUGUCGGUCAUAGUACCAGAAAUCAGACCAAAGUUCAUUAACACAUUCAACCUGUAUUAUGUUAUGCGGAAGGCUGCUUUAAUUCUUUUGUAGAAUAGAUGGAAUUCUUUUCCUGUUUUCUUUUUUAUCUGUUCUAGAAGGGGAAAUUGGCACAAGCAUUGCUUCUUCUCUGGGGGACACUGGAGAGCGUGCUGUGGAAAUAGAGCUUUUCUCAAGGAA